AACACGGCGGCGGGGCGGCUUCGAGGCCCGGCAGCUGGCUUACUGGCGCCGUGCGCGACGGCUGUGCGGCGGGCCCGGCGUUGAGCAGCGAGUGGAGCCAUGGCGGAGUCGGCGCCUUCCCGGCACAGAAGAAAGCGGCGUUCUACACCGUUGACCUCGUCCACGCCGCCUUCCCAGACAACAGAGAAAAGUUCGUACUUCCAGACCACAGAGAUCUCGCUGUGGACGGUGGUGGCUGCUCUACAGGCUGUGGAGAAGAAGAUGGAGUCCCAGGCCGCCAGGCUGCAGAGCCUGGAGGGCCGCACGGGGACGGCUGAGAAGAAGCUGGCUGACUGUGAGAAGACGGCCGUGGAGCUCGGCAACCAGCUGGAGGGCAAGUGGGCCGUGCUGGGCACGCUGCUGCAGGAGUACGGGCUGCUGCAGCGGCGGCUGGAGAACGUGGAGAACCUGCUGCGCAACCGCAACUUCUGGGUGCUGCGGCUGCCCCCGGGCAGCAAGGGCGAGGCCCCCAAGGUGUCCAGAGCGCUUGAGAAUGAUGGUGUCUGCUUCUCUGAGCAGGAGUGGGAGAACCUGGCGGACUGGCAGAAGGAGCUGUACAGAAACGUCAUGCAGAGCAACUACGAGGCGCUGGUCUCCCUGAUCAUACUAUCUCCUCUGGAGAAGAUGUGCUGGCUGGGGCUCCCCUGCUGCGCAGCAGUGAGCCCUUUCUCAGCCGUUGGCUGGAGUCAGAGCCAGUGUGGUCUCAAGGUCCUUGGCCAGCCAGAGGGAGAAGUAGAACUGGGUGCAGAGAUGCUGGGCGACUUGGAGGAGGACGAGGAGGGCCUUGCUGGUGCACACCCUGUGGACGGGCCCGUGCUUAGAGCAGAGGUGCCGAGCCAGCCGGAGGGCUGCGUGUUCCCAGGCGCAGCUGGGGAGCCAGAUUUCCUGGGCCCGGUGCAGACUGAACUGUGGGAUGGGCAGGGUGGUUCUGCCUUCCUGGAGCCGGGCCCCCGGGAUUCCAGCCUCGAGGAGCCCCUGGAAGGCAGUAGAGAGCCUGCCGCUGGCAGAACUCUGGGCUGCUCUCCAAAGCAGAAACCCCACAGGCAGGCACAGGUGGGCCAGGAGUGUGGACAGGGCCUGAAACUGAAGAGGGACUCUUCCGGCCCCUACGAGUGUUCUGAGUGUGGUGUCAGCUUCUGCUACAAGCAGCAGCUGGCUGCACACCUGCGGAGCCACUCGGGGUGGGCGUCCUACCCUGCCACAGAGCCUGGGGAGAGCCUCAGGCCCAGGCCGCGGCUAAAGCCUCAGGCGAAGCGGGCCAAGGUGCACCACUGCACCGUGUGCCAGAGGGUCUUCAGCUGCAGGGUGAGCCUGGUGACCCACCAGCGCUGCCACCUACAGGAGGGGCCCAGCCCUGGCCCACGCGUCCAGGAGAGGUUCUCGCCCAACAGCCUGGUGGCACUGCCCGGCCACAUCCCCUGGCGGAAGAGCCGGAGCGCCCUCCUCUGUGGCUACUGCGGCAAGAGCUUCAGCCACCCGUCCGACCUGGCACGGCACCAGCGCAUCCACACGGGCGAGCGGCCCUACAGCUGCCCCGAGUGCGCCAAGAGCUUCGUGCAGAAGCAGCACCUGCUGCAGCACCAGAAGAUCCACCAGCGUGAGCGGGGCAGCCCGGGCCCAGGGCCCGCCAGGCCUGGGGGCCGGCUCUAGGUGCAGCCCCCGCCGUCGGGGCGGAGGGGGCAGCACCAGCGCCCCUCGCACUGUGUGAGCCCGGGCCCAGUGCCCUGGUCCAUUUCCCUCACCUGAGUGCCAGGCUGAGCCCGGGGUGCCCUGAAACCCCGCGGAAGAGGGGGGCCUCGCCUGCGCUGUGGCCUGCCGGCCCUGGGCCUCAGCCUCUGGUUUUCCCACCCUCUGGUGCUUGGGCUGGGUUGGCAGCUGAGCCCCUGUGCGGGAAGGCAGCCCCGCGGUAGGCAGCUUGAGGUUGAGGACGCGCUCUGGGCCUCACUGCUGCAUCCUCUCUGUAGUCUAUUAAUUACAAGUAGGAAUAACCUCAGUAAGCAGCUUACCCCCGGAAGACGUUUUUUGAAGUUAGAUUCUAGUUGAUUUAAAAAAUACAAUACUUGGUUUUUAAGUUUCAGAAGUCGUAGAAGUUGUUCCUAACCCAGGGACUGGGCCUGCCCUCCAGGAGGGAGUAGUUCGUGAGGCUUUUAGCCCACCCACUCGUACUGGGGCUGGGGGCAGAGUGCAGAGGGCACUGAGGCCCUGCCCAGGAAGGGCUCCUGGCCCUAGGCGCGGCCGCACAGUGGCACAGGGCCCCUCUCCCAGCCCCGUGGAGCUGUCUGCAGCCUGGCAGGAGUCUGGCUGCUCACCUGGGGUCGUCAGCUCUGCUAGCGGCUCAGUCUUCCUGCUGCACCUGUCACUCAGGCUGCCCAGUCGCACUUGGCAAACCUUGCCCCGAUGAGGGCGGAGCUGCGCUGAUGUGGGGUUCCGGGGUAGCACACUUGCCCGCAGGGCCAGAUGUGAAGCUCCCUUCGGAUCUGCAGUUGCCUAGAAUAAAACCUAGCAAAACCCCUUGUGUUGGGUGCCUUCCUCUUGUCAAAAAUGUUCUUUGGGGAAGAGCAAGAGGGAGAAGUGCUUUUCGUUUACUUUUUUCCUUUUUUUUUUUUUUUUUUUAAGUGUUGUAAAUUUUAUUUUCAAAGUUUAAUCAAUAAGGAAAAAUAAAGCAGACAAAAAAGUACCAAAAACAGGGUAGUUCUUCAUAUGUGGACAAGAUCCAAACAGUGUAGAUUCGUUUCUAACAAAUUCAAUCCUCCUCACACAUUUAAAAUGCAAAGUAUGUGUGUUUCACUCUGUCAAGAAACUGACCACAUUGGGCCAGGAGAUA